AUGAAAAUAUCUUACUCUAUAUUUGAAUUGAUGGUGCCUUCAUUUUCUAUGAAAUUUCGUACAACACUUAGUGAAGAACUUGAAGAUCUUCAUAGUGAAUUAAGUCAUUUACAACAAACUUUACUUCAAACACGUUUACGUCAACGACAAUGGACAAAAUGGUUUGCAAUUUAUGCAAUUCUUGCUUAUUUGAUUGUGAAUAUUUCGUAUUAUACACUUUUUCUUUCACAAGAUUUUGUUAUUCAAAUUUAUGCAUGUGCAAUAUCUAUAGCAUUUGGAAUUUUAUUAUAUAGUAUUCAUUGGAUUAUUCGUUGGUAUUUUCGAAUGAUUAUUCAAACGAGAGAAGAAAAAUUAGGAUUAUUUAAAGAACGAAAACAAGAAUUAAUUGAAGAAGUAAAGAAUAAAGAAACAUAUGCUGUAGCAAAAAAUCUUUUGGAAAAAUAUGGUGAAAAAUUAACACCAGAAGUUCGAUCACCAAUAAUGAAUGGUAAUAAUAAAGAUCCACAUCCACGUGCAUCAAUAAAACCAACAAUACCCAAUGCCGAAAAACCACCUAUUCCUGUUAUUUCACCUAGUCCCAGUUCAUUUGAAAAUGGUAAUCAAUUAGUACAAACACCAGUGCGUGAAGGACCAAGUCGUUUAGCUGCUGGUGUUACACCUGGUAAAUUACCCCGAGCAAUUCUACCACCUCAACGUACAGUUUGGGGUGCAAUUCUUGAUACAAUAGUAGGAGAUGGUCCAUCGAAACGUUAUGCGUUGAUCUGUAAAUCGUGCAAUAGUCAUAAUGGCAUGGCAUUAGAAGAAGAAUUCGAAUAUUUAUCAUUUCGUUGUGCAUAUUGUAAUUAUUUUAAUGGUGCUCGUAAACAUAAACCUGUUUUUAAUCCUGAUUUAUUUAAUACGAAUCAAACACAAAAUGGAAAUAAUAUUGAACGUAUGGAAAUAUCUGCAACAGAUUCAUCAGAUUCUACUGAUCCAAUAAAUGAAUCUAGAAUAACACGUCGAUCAAUACGUGUACCAAUAACAAAUAAAAAUGAAAUUUCUUCUCGUUCAAUAUCAGUUGAAAAUAAACGUCAACAACAUCCAGCAAUGUCAUCAUCGUCAGAAGAAAGUUUAUCAGAAAAAAAAUAA